UAAUUUCUUCUAAAAAGAAUUGCCCUCUUGUUUGUAGUUGUUGGACCCUCUUCUUUCCUUUCUCUCAGGCUUUUACAGACAACUUUGUUGGAAAAAAUAAUGAAAUGAAGUGAAGAAUGAGGAUGAACAGUUUCUGUUACAAUGUUUUGAAUUCUUAAAUCACUCUCUUUUGGAAACUUUCACUCAUUCUUUAUGGUUUGAAGUUGAUCAGGAUCUGUUUUACUUGUGUCGGUUUUGAGUUUCACAACCAUGCAUAUAGGUAUGCAAAAUGUCAAACGGAUACAGCUUCAGUAACAUGUCUGAUCAACAGCAUUUCUCGAUUUGUUCAUCUGGUUUCUUGCCAAACAGUGAAACCUAUGCCCUUCCAGAAGAUCUGCAAUAAUAUGGUUGGGGUGUUAAAGCGUUUGAAGCCAGUACUCGAUGACGCAAUGGAUUACAAAAUUCCUUUACAUCAAAAUUUAUGUAAAGUAUGUGAAGAAUUGGAUAUAUGCGUUAACGAAGCAAGGGAUUUCAUUGAAAAGUGGGGUCCAAAGAUGAGCAAGAUUCACAGUGUUCUUCAAAGUGGUACAUUGUUGAUCAAGUUACAAAGCACUUCACUUGACAUUUGUCACAUGAUAGUUAAAUCCCUAGAGUCACCACCAUCUGCAUCGGUUUUGGCUAACCUCCAGCACUAUAUCCAGGAACUUCAGUGUCUCAAGAAGGAAACAGCAAUGGUCUAUAUAGAAAAGGCACUGAGAGAGCAAAGAGAAGAUAGCGAACCUUGCAAGGAAAAUCUAAAGGAAAUUAUUGAGUUACUUAAAUUGACAUCAACUCAGGAGCUCUUGAAUGAGACUAUUGCUGUGGAAAAGGAAAGAUUGAACGCUGAAAGGCAGAAAAUGAAAGGCGACUUGGAAGAAAUCAAUGAAAUUGUGAAUCUUGUCCGCGUCUUACGUGAUUAUGUGAUGAAAACCGAGUACUUUGCAGUCAAAAGUGGUGUCUCAUUCCCUCCGUACUUUCGUUGUCCUUUAUCAUUGGAACUCAUGUUGGAUCCUGUUAUUGUGGCUUCCGGUCAAACAUACGAGAGGCAAUCCAUCAAAAAGUGGCUUGAUCAUGGGCUGACUGUUUGUCCAAAGACUCGUCAAAGACUUACUCAUACAAAUCUCAUUCCCAAUUAUACUGUCAAAGCUAUGAUAGCAACUUGGUGUGAGGAAAAUAACAACAACCGUUCUAGUAACUCUGAGCAUAAUACUGGAAAUGCAUUUGAAGAACAAAAGGGCGAUAACUCUUUCAGAUCCAAUGGAGAAUGCAAUGGAGGCCAGAAUAUAGAAUUAGAAAAGUGGGAGCUACAAUCACCAUAUAUUCACAGCAGAAGUGAAUCCUUUUCAAGUUCAAUUUCUAGUAGUGAUUGUCUACUUGCAGUUUCAAAAGAUGUAUCAAGGGUGUCCGAUAAGUAUCAAAUUACGAAUGUAUUGUCCGUAGAAGCGGGAGGGACAGAAAAUGGAAAAAAUAAUAACAGUAAUACUCCUAAUAGUCAUUCAAGAGUUGAUUCACAUCCUGUUUCAAACUCGGGAUUGAAUGAAUUGACCACCUCGUCUCAUGUCAAUAAAUUGAUUGAAGAUCUCCAAAACGAAUCAAUUGAAGUGAAAAGUACUGCUGCAGAAGAACUGAGGCUCCUUACAAAGCAUAACACGGAAAACCGUAUCAUUGUAGGGCAGUGUGGGGCUGUCAUGCCUUUACUUUCGCUACUAUAUUCAAACGGGAAAGGAACACAAGAGCAUGCUGUAACAGCUCUGCUUAAUUUAUCAAUUAAUGAAGACAACAAGCCCUUGAUUAUGGAAGCGGGGGCUAUAGAACCCCUUAUCCAUGUUUUAAAGACAGGAAAUGAUGGUGCCAAGGAGAAUUCUGCGGCAGCUCUAUUCAGCCUCUCUGUAAUGGAGAACGGUAAAGCAAAAAUCGGCCGUUCCGGUGCAAUUAAAGCAUUGGCGGAACUUCUUGCCUCAGGAACACUUAGAGGAAAGAAGGAUGCUGCUACUGCUUUAUAUAACCUCUCAAUAUUUCAUGAGAAUAAAGCUCGAAUAGUUCAAGCUGGAGCUGUGAAAUUUCUGGUUGAGUUAACGGAUCCUGCCGAUGGAAUGGCUGACAAGGCUGUUGCCCUUCUGUCAAACCUGUCGACAAUUGCGGAGGGAAGGCUAGAAAUCGCAAGAGAAGGUGGCAUCCCGUCAUUAGUUGAAAUUGUUGAAUCAGGUUCUCAGAGGGGAAAGGAAAAUGCUGCUUCCAUUCUCUUACAAUUAUGCCUUCAUAGUUCCAGGUUUUGUACACUGGUUUUACAAGAAGGAGCUGUACCUCCCUUAGUUGCAUUAUCUCAAUCUGGUACUCCAAGAGCAAAGGAAAAGGCACAACAACUUCUCAGUCAUUUUCGUAAUCAACGGGAAGCAGCUACGACAAAGGGAAAAUCAUGAAGAUAGAAAGUUUUGGUUAUUUCGGUUAUUUCAGUACUCCCUUCUAGCCUAAGUAAUUUUCUAUAAUGAUUUGCCUCCUGAUUCUAUAGAUUUAGGAUUUCAUGAAUCCUUUCAUUUCAUUCUUUUAAUUUUUUACAUGUAUCAUUUUGGAAACGGUUUUCAUCUUAGUGGUUUGUCAUUUGGUUAUUCUCACAGUCACUCUGCCCCCUACUAUCUGGAGGUAUCUAUUUUCCAAUUUUUGUACGGGCUUUAAUUUUCUUUCUACUUUGGUGGCUGUACUCGGAGGAGGUAAGCUAGUAUCUGAAGCUUUAGCUUGGCAACAUGUAACACACAAUACUAUUCUACUAGAGCAUAACUCAUAUGGUCCCCCAGCUCCCAAGUCAGUUCAGUGCAUAUUUGUACAUAUAAUAUAGAAUCUUGUGAUCUACUAUAAAUUAGUGUACCUUAUAUUGUUCAUGGAGCUUUCUAUUACUAUAUAUUUAACCAUGCCAAUCUA